ACAAGUUUGGAAAUCAGUUUGAUUAGUAACCGCGAAAAACAUCAAAAUGUGAUUCAUAAUGACAAGGAUCUAAUGCGAGAAAAGGAUGAAAUUAAAGCAAAUAUUAUAGAAAUGGUGAAGAAAAAGGUUAAAGCGUCUCAAAAGCUGAAAAUACGUGAAAAUUCAUGGCAUCAGGAAGAUGUGCAAGUCAAUACUGGAUUACCCCCACAAGUCGAAGGACAGCUUAGAUGUUUUUGUCGUGUGUCAGUCACUCAAAUUACAUGGGAAGUCCCAAACACUCCAGAUGUAACCUAUGUUAGUCUCAAAUGGUGGGGUGAGCCAGGCAAUGGGAUUGUGUUUAGACCUGUAGAUCUUAAAUGUGGCCGUUCGGGACAAGCAAAGACCACAGCCAGGUUUCCUGUUAGAUCUGGACCCAAACAGUUCACGGCGUACCUAGCUGAUAUGUCAAGCUUGGUUCUUGAGGUUCUCAGUGGUCCAAUGCAGGUCCCGAUUGGAACUGUAGAUGUCCCGAAUAUAGGGCUGUUAGCCCCUAAUAGACCAGUAAAUGGACUAUAUCCAAUAAUCUCACCAACAGAAGAAAAGAUUGGUGAACUGCAUGUUUCUCUUGUACUAGAAUCUCUUAUGGCUUCCUAUGACAGUAUGGGGUCUAUUCCUACUACAGAUGUCAGUAUGGAAACAUAUACCUCACACGUGACUCAGGAGUCUACAUACCCAAAACAGUCCCGCCCCACACCUCAUACAGAUCAGCCACAGAAGCCGAUGGAGGAUCCGUUCAUUUCUCCAGCUUCUCAUCAGAAUGUUGAGACCAGAUUACAGAAUGGUUAUACAGAAGAUUUGCGCCAGCAUUUACGCUAUGAGUCUGAUCCUGCUGAACAGCGUUUCAAACAAAUGGAAAAUGGCAGUGCGGUUGCUAUAACAACCAAUGGUGAUGUCAUCAAGACGAGUAGCGGGGAGGCCAUUCAAAACAGACAAAAUGUGCGAGCAGAGGGAGCAUCACAGGGACCUGCAGAUGAUGAUCUACUCUCAGUUCUACUUGAUAGAGGUAACAAGUUACGAGAGCAGAUGAUCAUAUCUUCACUGGAAUCCAAAUCAAAGGCCGGGAACCACGAAGUAACAGAACCAGCUAUACUACAGUCAAUCAGUGGUCUCCCUGACAAGAAGGAAGUUGACAUGUCUUUGAGAAGUACAGAUGGCAGUUUUCUGCAUGAGAUAUUGAAAGCAGAGAAAUUAUAUGGCGGAGGUGAAGACGUAGAUUUAGAGGAAGCUGCAGUAGAUCUCGUGUUUGGAGACCAACUUACUGAUGAUAUCCGGUUGUUUGGAAGGGGAAGUCCCAAUCAGAGUAUGUCAGAUGAUGAUAUCAUUAGCGAUCAGGAGGAUCCUGUACACAGCGAGUCGAUCCUGAACGAGUUGUUCUACAAGAACCCAAUGUCAGAGGAGGAACUCAGUGGAGAUGACAGGAAAAGAAGAAUGCCCACCAAACACUUGGAUGAAGAAGCAAAUAUGCGACCACCAUCUCGGAGUUCCUCUGUAUCAAGUCUCAAUCUUGCCUUCCCACCAGAGCCAGCUCCGAAAAAGACUUCUAAAUCUAAAACCCCUCCAAGGACCCCAAAACGUAAAUCAAGGGUUAAGUUACGUCGUAAAGGUAGCAAGAAAAGAAAAUCAUCAAGAUCAAGGUCGAGAGCGAGUGCCAGUGAAGGUAGUGAUAGUGAAGCAUUAAGUACAGUCAGUACACCAAGGUCAGAGUCGUCACGAGUUUCCUUUGAUAUGGUACCAUCUGAUAUUGAUGAACCACCAGAAAAAGAAGUUGCAAGGCACAAGAAGGUGCACAAAGUAGAUGGUCUCAGUGUGGAACGCUUGACGUUACUAGGUCGUGUUCAUGUUGCCAGGGUAACCAUAGAUCAGUUAAUGCUCAAAGUUUACGACCUCGAUACUUCCAGUAGUAAACCAAAACCAAAAACAAAAUAUGGCAUCAGACCACCUAAGGCUUCACCAAAAGCAAAAAAGUCAUGUACAUACUUCAUAGAGUACCAGUUCCCUGUUGUUGCUACCUCACGAGAUAAAUACUCACCUAACGCCAUGGCAACAGAGGUCAUGAGGGUCGUUUCUAGAAAUGUGAAAAAUGGUGUGGUGACAUUUAACCAUCGUUCAGUAUUUCCUGUAAUGUUUGAUGGUACGGCAGUAGAGAAAUGGUGGAAAUCUGCCCUCAUAUUCAAACUUUACUCAAGAACUGCAGGGCAAAAAGUGCCGUCACUUAUUGGAAGUUGUGGAAUUCCUCUGAAAUCAAUCUUAAAGUCUGAAAGUCUGUAUAUAGGCAAGGAUCUGGAGGUUAGACAGUCUGAUAAAACAGGAAAUACGUCUUUAAAUGGAUCUAAACUUGGACCAGAUGGAAUUCUUGGGGCAUUGAAGAUUAUUGUGGAAUUAGCUUCCGACAGUAAAGAAUUUCCAACCCAGUUAGCAAGAACGAAGCUUGCAGAGAUAACUGGAAAAGCUAAAAUAGUUCCUAUAGCUCAGACCCCGCCCCUACCUUCACAGCCCCCACCUCUUGUACAGUCCCUUCAGCAGGCACCAAAACCCCCAGUACCUCCAGCAGUACAACAGAAGGUCAGUGAACCAGAACGAGGGUUUCCAAGGGGCAGAGAGGGCAGAAGUAGAUCAAGGUCGCCAGCUCAUAAAAUGCCAGCAUCCAGUGAGCCACCACAACUUGACGGACUGUCUGCUCCACUUCCUGUCUCAGUACAACACUAUCAAGGGGACCAGGUUGUUCUUAACUAUCCUAGCAUACAACAACAACAGGGAGAGGUGAUGACUUUACAUGCAUUAUUGAUGGUACCAGAUGGUAGAGGGAUCACAACUCAGGGCAUUCCUUCACUCAUGGCUGCCAAGAGACACCCAGUCUUCCAACAACCUAGUGCCCUCACUGCACCUGGUGUUCGUGCUAGAGAUAUGUGUGUACGUAACACAUAUCUUGUGUGUAAGAUGUUCUGGUGUGAUGAGGCAGUACAUAGUGCUGUGUGCUGGGGGACCAGCGAACCUCAGUUCAAGUUUCAACAGGUUGCUCCUGUACUGAUGUCACAGUCACUGCUUGAAAGACUGAAGAACAAUUUUAUGAUUGUAGAAGUCUGGGAUAAGAAAACUUCAGCUGAUAACGAUAAGCUUGUUGGCAUUGUAAAGUUGAGUUUACAUCAGUUCUACAUGUCCUUCAGGGAUAAAAGGAUAGCUUCAGCUUUGCUCAAAUCUCAAUAUCCUGUGAUAGCAGUAGAGAACUCCCUACCUGUUGUUGAUGUAUUCAGUGGGUCACAGUUCGGACAGCUUAAUGUACUUCUUGCCAUGGGAUCUGCUGAGCAGGUUGCUCACCUUGUAAAGAUGAAAACUGAUGGAAUGUCGGCAGUAUCUGCACCAGAAAGACCACACCAUUAUCUUGAAAGACAAGAUUUGCUCCACCAAGGGGAUACAGUACCAGCCCAAAUUGGCACAGAAUCUGUUGUGGAGCAUGUGUUUGAGAUUGUAAUUGAGGGGGUGCGAGGUCUGAGCCUCUUUGAGAACAUGAUAUGGGGAGAAGCGGACUGCUUUGUUCAGUACAGUUUCCCAGCGCAGCAGCAGAGUAACCCGCCUGGAGCCCCUGUUAUACGACAUGCUGUUCCAACAAUGAAAGCAUUCAGAACUGCGACUACAUUGUGUAUAGCAGAUCCAACAUUCCAUGAUGUAACAAGACAUAGAAUUUUGCUGCCACAGGGUACCCCUGUACAGAGAGAACUGCUUACAGCAUGUGCUAAUGCUGGCAGUGGAUCUGGAGGCUUACCAUUUGAACUAUGGUGUAGAUACUAUCAUCCCAAUGUUAGAGACCAGUGUAUUGCUAAGGCUAAUUUACCCCUUGCCAAGUUGUGUGCUAUGAUAACUAUGCAGAAGCGUGGGGAGCCGUCUGUGCAGACAUUUUCAUUCCCUCUUACACAUGUACAAAGUGACCUACAGUCAGAGGAACACAAGUCAAAAGCAGUGGAUGCAGGGUUGAUGGACGUCACUGUUCAUUAUAAAAACCAAGUCAUGCAGUCUGAGACAGGUGCUGCUGCAGCCAAUAAAAACCUGGGUGGAGCACAAGUGUGUAUCUCUGUAGGGGUGAUCAGAGCUUGUGGCCUUAAGGCUUCAGCAGAGAGUGUGGCCUAUCUCGACCAGGGUAUGCAGUAUCCAGCGGAAGUUGGGGUGAAUUCUUAUGUUCGUGUCAAACUGACAUUCCUUGGAGCUGAGGGGGAGAGAAUCACCCGCACUGUAGCCAGGUCAUUCUCCCCAGAGUUCUCACACUUCAUGGACUUUCCUUGCCCUCUGCUGUGGACGGAACCAAACUCUGAUGCUCUAUGCCUGGCAGAGAUCCUUGAGACAGCUGAAGCCAGUUUUGAAGUUUGGCAUCAAGUGCCUGGGAUGACUUCAGAUUUGGACAGACAGUUAAGUGCCCUAACUGCGGAUGGAGUAUCUGGUCGUCAGAUUGUUGAAAAAACUUCAGAUGUUUUACUAGGUUCUACCACACUGCCUCUUGUCAACUUACUCUCUCAACGCACAGGUAUUAAUGGUUGGUAUGCAGUAAAUAUUCCUGUGUCAGCUUGGAACCAGGAUCAGCAGGAGAGCCAGGAACCAGCAGGGGAAGGGUCAAGGUCAGGGCAGAGUGGAGGUCUGCCAAGAGUGGGUGGGGGGCUAGAACUAUCAAUAAAGUUUGCUCACCAUGAGGACAGAGAGCGGGUGAUACAUGCAGCUAGAGGGGUUGGCUGGUCCCCGGUCAAUCUGGAUAUAGAACAAGAUGACUGGGAGAGUGAAGAUGAGGACAGCAAUAGAUACCACCACAUCAAUAUAACCAUAGAUCAUGUAAACUUCCCAGUACAGAAUGCACUGAUUGCUGGUCAGAAUACACUAGACAAAACUGCCAAGUGCUACGUUAGAUAUAAAUUCUAUGAUAAAGCUGCAGUAAUGACCAAGUUCUCACCAGUUACUGUAAACAGUAGUGGUUAUAUUGUAUCACAGCCGAGAAACAGGCACGACCUUCAGCUGCCGGAUAGUUCUAUGUUCAGAUGGUACUUGAGAGAGGAAAGACUUGAAGUACAAGUAUGGGUGACCUUUGGUUCCCAUAGAGAUGACCUCCAGCGACCUAAACAUAGAGACAAGCUGAUUGGCUCAGCAUAUAUCUCCAUGGAAACCUUGAGUGAUCCUAGAAGGAAGCAGCACAGAGUGAGUGGUAUGUUCCCGCUAUUCAAGCCAGGAACCUGUAAUCUAGGAGGUGGAUAUAUCAGAGCUCAUAUCACAGCAAAGCCCCAGUUUGGCAGAAAUGAUCAGUCCGAACGCCAGGAGGGUCUAAUUACUCUAGAUGGGGAAGAGAUUGAUGCUGAUUACGACCCAGAUGACAGUUUCCACCAGAUAAUCAGUCACAAACCUGGGCAAAAAUCUCCCAAGAAAUCCAGCUCUCCUAUAAAGGAGGUUACAAUGGCAGUGGAGAGUAGUGAGUCAGGGGAGACAACUGAUACAUUUUCUGUGAUGAUACAAGUGGAAAGGGCUCUGCAUCUGCCACUUAUGCAUGACAAGCAAAAGAAUACAGAUUACAUGCCGAAUACCUAUGUCUCCUAUCCAACAGGGGAGAGCACCAUUCCGUCCUAUUCUAUGGUCUUCCACAACUCAGACAAUCCAGUCUGGGAUCAUGAACACGAGACAAAACUCAACAUUGAAAUGUUGCACCAGGAGAACAAACAUCUGGUGUUCAAAGUUUGGCAUAAACCUGAUGGAGCACCUAAAAGUCCUGAUAAGCUGACAGAUCGGGUACUAGGAUUUGUAUCAGUAGAUUUAACACCUCUGGCUAAUGGAUUACAACAGAUAUCUGGCUGGUACAACAUCAUGGACUUUAACGGCCAAGUGAAAGGACAAAUUAAGAUAAAUGUGAUACCUCAAGAAUCUGUGAUAUCUGGGGAGACAGGAACUACUAACCAUGUAGCAGAUGCUUUCUCUCACCCAACUAGUGCAUCUUUCCUCUCCCUCCCUCCCUGGGGAACCCAGGGGCAAACAACCUCAGCACCAGGGCCUUUCUCGCUGCCAUCCUAUGACCUGCCCCACUUUCAAAAUCAUUAUGAUCAAGUAAAACAACAUCAUGAAAUGUUGCAACAACAACUUCAAGAGCAUAUUCAGCAGUUUCUACGGCAACAAGAAGAAUGUCAAGGGUCAAGGCCAGAGCCUGUUUCGGAAUUAUCAGAUGUUACAAAAGUGACGCAGGGACUAACAGACGUGAUAUCGUCUGUGCCAGAUCCCUCGCUUUAUCAGAGAGAGACAUCAGUGUACCAGAGGGAACCAUCAAUUCACUGGCGACCAACUAUGCCCGAGUUAAGACAGGAGGACUCUUCCUCUAGAUCUUACCUCUUCAGUAAUCUCAGGAAGCAGAUGCAAGAUCUUGAUGAUAUAACCAGCAAUCUCAGGGCAAAGUUGACUUGCAAACCUUCUGGCGCAGAACCAGCGCGGGCAGAUAUGAAUCGUCUUCCAGAUUUUGACAUUCCAGUAACAUCCCAGUAUCCACUUACUUCCACUCAGUCCUCUUUCACUCUUUCAAACUUUCCCAGAAGUCAGAAUGAAACUCCUAGAGAUGAGCUAGCUUACACGGGAUCACAUGGUGCCGAGUCUUCAAGAACAGUGGCCGAUUCUGGUGCUUUCUCUGCAGAGCAGUCUGCCGAUAAAUAUGAAGAUUCAGCUCCUACGUCACAGAGAAGCUGUAGCGAUCGAUUGGAUACUUUACGUUCUGGUGUCACUCCAAGAGAUUUUCUCGAUAGUGGUAUUAAUCACACAAACAAUAAUUCGAAUAUGGAGGAUCCUGAACAAAAUGUGUGGCUUACAAUGUCGCCAAGGGAGUCUGAGGAAAAGAAAGAUGAAUAUUCAGAAUCUGGAGGAUUUAGUUUCAGACAUUCGCCUCGGGAUGCAGUUCGCACACCAAGGGAUGCAAGAAAUUCAGCAAAAGAACUUGAACAGUUGUUAAAUUCUCACAUUGCAGAUACAAGUAAUGGAAAUGGUGAAGCAAAAACAACAGCAGAAGAAAAAGUUUCUAAAAGUGACCAAAAACAGAUGAGUAUUAUACAAGAAUACUCCGAAAAUGAUAAAAGUGACUCUGAAGAUGAAGAAGGAGAAAAUAAAUAUUAUCAUCGUUACCGUGAUCUGCUAGAUAAGGAAGAUGAUGUAAAUGAUGAGGAUGAGGAGGAGGAGGAGGAGGAGGAGGAGGAAGAAGGUGAAAUAGUUGUUCCUAGAAGGAUAAAUGAUGUUUCUGGAAAAUUUUCACCAACAGGAGAGAUUAUUAUGCUAAGUGAUGAUAUUACUAGAUCUGUGCCAUAUGACUUUACUGCUCGUCAGUCUCACGAACAAAAUUCGGAACACUCAGAAAAUAGUAGUAAGAAGACAGCAAAUUCAAUAAAGAGUGGAAAUUCUGAAAAAAGUGAUAAUUCCCCAAGAGAAACUGAUGAUAUUUUGCAAGAUAUAGAAUCUGACAAUGAAAUUGAACCAAGAGAUAGAGAUCCUGCAGAAAUGAUGAGCCAACAUCCGGUAAUAUUUGAUGAAAAGGAUAGUUGGUUAUCAGACUCCGACAAAGAACCAGAACAAGAGGAUGUGGUGAUAGGGUAUCAAUAUUUACAGAACCAAGGGCAUUUAAUGAAACAUAAACCACAAAGACAAGACUCUGAUACAGGUUAUAGCUCUCGCGAUAAUGUCUCGGAAAGUUAUCUAACUCCUAGUGCUGGAGGGACAAAUUCAGAGACAGAUAUUUCACGAUUGCACGAGCAUGAACAUUGGGACCAUAGGGAUAGUGAUGACCAUGUUUUCUCUGAAAGGCCUAAGAAUCGAUUAUUGGCUAAUGUUGAACUAGAAUCAACUGGAGGUAGUUUUGGAUUAAAGUACGAUUUGGGACAUUCACGGAUUUCGUCAGCUGGAAGUCGCCAGACGCAUAAAUCAUCAGAACCGUCAGUUUCUGAAUCUUUUGACGAAAAAGAAGAGCAAGAUUACAUAAGGAGAGAAUUGACACCAAUAGAAUCUGGUAGAGAAAGUCAGCCAGUCUCUGCAAGGACUGCAGAAUUAGAGGAAUUCUUUAAUGACGAAAUUAGUCAAAAACGCCCACCGAUCGGUCGACCAAGAACUGACAGCGAAUCGUCUUACAACAGUGAGCGUAGUGAUACUAUUAAUAGAGUUAACACUGAUAGGACUUAUAACAAUUAUACUGAUCAUGAACAUCACAAUAUGGAGAACAACGAUGACAACUUUGAACAUAGGGACUUGACUCCUCGACACAGGAAGCAGGAACCAGUGCCAAAUUUUUUUAUGCCAGUACAGCAUCUUGAGGAAUCAAUGAGGACACUACAAGUUGUCACAAAUAAGGUUGAUUCAGCCAAAGAAUCAGAAAAAGUGGCAGUUGCCUCGGAGAUGGUUUCUAAACUGACAACCAAAGACAAGUUUGCUCAACUCAACACAAAGUCUCGCCUACCUACAGCUGAGGAGACGAAAAGAAUAGCUAAAAUUUUCUCCUCUAAAUUUUCAUGACCAUUUUCUUAGAUGUUUUGAAUAUAUAAUAAUGUUGCAUUUUGUUGACUGUUAUAAGCUUGACAGUAAGUUAGCAGUUUUAGGAACUUACUUAGGUGUUACUAAUUAGUCAUAAAAUAGUAGUUAUAGGACAUCAGAACCUGACAUAAAAUGAACAUGGAAUAGAAAAGUAAGAUUAAAAUGUAUCAUUGAACAUGCAAAAAUGUGAUUCAGAAGAAAUUGAAAUAAUCGCAUCUGUCGCUAUUAAAUCUGUAAUUUAUGUAAUUCAGGAAGUGCUAAUUUUUGUAAAAUAAAUGUAAAAAGCAAAUGGGUGCCAAAUGUUAAUUAAUUAAAUUUUCACUUCAAUUUUUUUUUUCAUUCUUGUUGCAGUAAUUAUUGCUUUUAUAGGUGUUUGACAAAACUGGAUAUCAUUCAACAGCCAUGACCAAACAGAGAUUCAUUUUUCUCUUCCUUUUAUUACUCAAAUUUGUGUUGUUACUUUUUUAAAGUAAAAUGAUUUUUUUAAGCUUUGACAUGCCACUGAAUCUGAAAUAGCGUGUAGUUUUGUUUUCUAUAUAUAUGAGCGCCGCAAUGUGAAAACCAACAUUAGGACUUUGCAACCAGAAAAAUCCAGAUCAUUGCACUUACAUAGUGUUUAUUUGAAAACCAACAUUAGGACUUUGCAACCUGAAAAAUCCAGAUCAUUGCACUUACAUAGUGUUUAUUUUCCCCCCACGUCCAUACUGUUCAUUUAUCAAUUUCAGCUACUGAUAAGCCAACGGUAUGGAUGUGCAUUCAGAUCUGGAUCCUAACUGGUUGUAAAGCCUGUACGUUGUUUCUCACACAGCGGUGUUCAGAUUUGUUCAACCUUUGCAUCACUUGUUAAAUUAUGCACAUUAUAUUACACACGUUAUAUUACACACGUUGUAUUACACACUUUAUUUUUGUGUCAGUCUGUUUUUAGAUCUGUUCAUGUUGUAUUAAGAAACUCAAUGUUUACAUGAUUAAUUACAUUUUCAAGCAUUUUUAACUGGUUUACCAGUUUCAAAAUCUCACUUUCCCUCUUGAAUUUCUCCCUAUGUUAUUUUGUUGGUCUUUGGUCUCUUGUGCCUAGUGAUGGAAUGAACAUCUUUUCACUUGGACACUCUAUCAAGUUUUGGAAAUGUUUCUUUUACAAGUGCACAUAAUUUUGAAUUGUGCGCCAUUGAAUGAAAGACUUUGGAUCAGGAAACUCACAUUUGCACCCUAUGUGUGUAUUAAGUUGUCAACAAUAGUCUGCUUAGAUAUCUAGAAUUUACUUAAAUAGUUUUCUCAUCCUUGUAGUAGUUCUAUAACAAACAGAACAUAGAUUCAUUUCACAAAAUUUAUGUCUCCAGUUUCAGAAUUCUAUAUAUUUUUCUCUUUCUUUCUAGUGCUGUGUUGAAGAAACGUUUUGUUUAAAGACUUCGAAAUUUUCAAGACAUAAUGGCUUUUUAGUUUUCACCCUCUUGAAUGUCAAAUAAAACAAUUUUUCUUUUUUUCUUUGCAUCUUAGAAUAAGAACCUGAACCAUAAAGCAUAAUUUGAGCCAUGCCAUGACAAAACCAACAUAGUGGGUUUGCGACCAGCAUGGAUCCAGACCAGCCUGCGCAUCCACGCAGUCUGGUCAGGCUCCAUGCUGUUCGCUUUUAAAGCCUAUUGGAAUUGGAGAAACUGUUAGCGAACAGCAUGGAUCCUGACCAGACUGCGCGGAUGCGCAGGCUGGUCUGGAUCCAUGCUGGUCGCAAAGCCACUAUGUUGGUUUUCUCAUGGUGUGGCUCAUUUCAUUCUCUAGUCAUUCCUAUUGUUGUGAUAUACUGUGUAAAUAUGUGUCAUUUCAUAUAAAGUGUAUUUGUUGAUAUUUAUUUCAUCAUCUUCUCUUUUUUUCUGUUGUCUGUUUAGUUGCAGGUAGUAACAAAAUAGAUUCUUGUCUUAUUAAAUAAACUCAGGCAUCUAAUAAUUAUUUUAGGAUGUAGGACAAAAUCUCCAUCCCCUCCAUCUCCCUCCUUGGACAAAAUCCGCCCUGCUGCUGAAUUUGACCAUAGGCUGACCCGACCCCCCCCCUUUGAUUUUGUUGGAUGAAAACUAAAAUUAAAUGAUGAUGAACAGAACAGAAAAAAUACAAAAUACAAUUCUCUAGGUUUAAAUAUUAAUUCAAAAGGGAAUGAAGUAAAAGUUUGGAUAUAAUAAGAAAACAUCAAAUGGGGAUUUUGUCUGCCCUAGUCAAAAUAGAGCAGGGGGAGUGUCUGUAUUCCAUUAUUUUCGUGUACGUUUGGAAUCUGAACUAUUAUUUAUGUCAAGAUGGUUGCAGAUCUUAAUCAUGAAUCAUUUAUUUUUUAAAUUAGUACUUUUCUCACUUUUAGGAAGGAAUUAAUAUUGGACAGAAUGAAUAAUUUUUUGUUGUUUGCCAGUUUUACAAAAAAAAAUUAUACAGUUUAUCACUUCAUGCGUAUCAUAUAUUAAAAUGCAUUGAGACACAGAUAAUGUUGCUUAUUUUGCUUAAAAAAAUAACACAGGAUUAACACUUUUGUGGUGAUUUUCUUCAUUAGAGAUAGCUGCUGUUAUUUUUUUUUUUUGCUUUAUUCAUCAAAGUUAUAUCUUCUCCACAUAUGACAAACUUUUGUUCUCAUAUCAUCACAAAACAUAGAUAAUCACAUCAACCAUCACAAAAACCAUUGCAACAAUCAUCACAACAUACCUAGUGAUUAUUUCAGAGGUAGCUACAGUUAACAUUUUCCGUCCAACGAACUUGAAAAUAAAAGCAUUGUUUGUCACUGCUUGUAUAUUUAUAAAUAUAUAAAGUAUAUACAGACAUUUAUUACUAAAAUGAUCAGUAGAAGGCAUAGUAUAUUACAAGGAUUUUGAUAUAUAAGGUACGUAGAGGUUAGGUUUAAAUGAUAGAUGCUAGGGUUACCCUAAUUGUAACUUUCUGUAAUGUAUGAUAAUUAUGAAUUCUGGCAAAGAGCCUUUGACAUUGUUGUUAUAUAUCUAAGGCAUUACUGUCUUUACAUCCACAAUUUUGUAAAUGUACAUGAAUUGUAAAUGUACAUGAAUUGUAAAUGUACAUGAAUUGUAAAUGUACAUGAAUUUAUAAAAUGUGUACAUUUUGCUCUAUGUACUUGGAUUUUAAGUUUAAUACAUUUUGCUGUUUGUACAUUUUGUACAUGAAACUGUUAAUUUUGUACAUUUUGUUGUAUGUACAUUUUGUACAUGAAUGUAUUAAUUGUGUACAUUUUGUAUAUGAAUGUGUCAGUUGUGUACAUUUUGCUUUAUGUAUUUUGUGCACAUAUUUUAAAAGUUAUGUACAUUUUGCAAAGUGUGUAUAUUUUUUACAUGAAACUGUACUGUGUACAUUUAUGCAAAUAGCUCUGCCAGACACCUUACUGACUGUAGAUUAGCUUAGUUAUUUAUAUGUAAUAUAGUGUAUAUUUAUAUCCGUACAAAGAUAACGAAAUAAUAUUUUCAUAGAAUGGA